GAUAUAUAAACCGUUGAGCAACGUUUCUUAAUCCUCAACGGGAGCACUACGCAGUAGGCAAAACUUUCAUCGUGAGCUACCAGAACGCAUUUAUUUCCAUAAAAAUGAGGGAAAUUGUCCAUCUUCAAGCUGGCCAAUGCGGCAAUCAGAUUGGAGCAAAGUUUUGGGAGGUGAUAAGCGACGAACACGGCAUUGACCCAACCGGAGCAUACCAUGGAGACAGUGACUUGCAGUUAGAACGAAUUAAUGUGUAUUACAACGAGGCGGCAGGUGGAAAGUAUGUCCCCCGCGCUGUGCUGGUGGACCUUGAGCCAGGCACGAUGGACUCUGUCCGGUCUGGUCCCUAUGGACAGGUGUUUAGACCUGAUAAUUUUGUUUUUGGCCAGAGUGGUGCUGGUAAUAACUGGGCUAAAGGCCACUACACUGAAGGAGCUGAGCUGGUGGACUCAGUCAUGGAUGUGGUGAGGAAAGAGUCGGAGAGCUGCGACUGCCUGCAGGGCUUCCAGCUGACUCACUCCCUCGGAGGAGGCACUGGAUCUGGCAUGGGAACGCUUCUAAUCAGCAAGAUCAGAGAGGAGUACCCAGACCGCAUCAUGAACACUUUCAGCGUUGUGCCAUCGCCUAAGGUUUCAGACACUGUGGUGGAGCCCUAUAAUGCCACCCUGUCUGUCCACCAGCUGGUUGAGAACACUGAUGAGACCUACUGCAUUGACAACGAGGCCCUGUAUGACAUCUGCUUCCGUACAUUGAAGCUCACCACACCCACCUACGGUGAUCUGAACCACCUGGUUUCAGCCACCAUGAGCGGCGUAACCACCUGCCUGCGCUUCCCUGGCCAGCUUAACGCCGAUCUGAGGAAACUCGCUGUCAACAUGGUGCCGUUCCCCAGGUUACACUUCUUCAUGCCAGGCUUUGCCCCCCUGACGAGCCGUGGCAGCCAGCAGUACAGGGCUGUGACGGUUCCCGAGCUCACCUUGCAGAUGUUCGAUGCCAAAAACAUGAUGGCAGCCUGUGAUCCACGGCACGGCCGUUACCUCACAGUCGCUGCCAUCUUCCGAGGCCGCAUGUCCAUGAAGGAAGUGGAUGAGCAGAUGCUGAACGUGCAAAACAAGAACAGCAGCUACUUUGUAGAGUGGAUCCCCAACAACGUUAAGACGGCAGUCUGUGACAUCCCGCCACGCGGCCUCAAGAUGGCUGCCACUUUCAUUGGGAACAGCACAGCCAUUCAGGAGCUGUUCAAGCGCAUCUCAGAGCAGUUUACUGCCAUGUUCCGCCGCAAGGCUUUUCUUCACUGGUACACCGGUGAGGGCAUGGACGAGAUGGAGUUCACUGAGGCCGAGAGCAACAUGAACGACCUGGUGUCCGAGUAUCAGCAGUACCAGGAGGCCACCGCUGAGGAGGAGGGAGAGUUUGAAGAAGAGGGUGAAGAAGAACUGGCCUGAGCAGCCAUCGUGUUCGUUUUCCUCCAACUCAACAGUUAAAACCGGGGGAAAUUUUUUGUUGUUGUUGCUCUGUUCAAGUUUAAAUACUUCAAAGUGAUUCACAUAGUUACUUGAGUUUAUGGAUUUUCUUGGGCCUACCUGUAGACCUGUUAAAAUGUUUAAAUGUUGUUUGGGAAAUAUUUUAAACCAGUAAAACUGACACUACUGGAUUCACAAAAAAAUGGCAUCAGCGCAACACUAGUUACUGAGCCCCUAAAGGGACAUGGAGGGGAAAAAAUAAACUUUUGCGAGAUCCUGCAAAAGUAUUGCAGGAUCUCGCAAUAGUUCUUUUUUUUCCCCCUCCUUGUCCUUUUAUGGGCUCUGUACUUUGUCCUCAUUUGGCCUGUCAUUUAUUUCAACAUUAUUCAAGAGUUUUUAUGCAUGUUGUAACUCCUCCAGUCAAAUCUGGCUCAUGUUGACUGUUUGCAUAACUUCAAAGCUGCUAGUUCUGUUUUUUUGACAGCUUCUGAGAUUAAAAUAUUUUCAAGGACAAAUAAAUAGUAGUUCCCUGAGCUGCAGUGCAAUUGAACUUGGCUUUACAGUUGCUCCUCUAUUCAUUACUGCUCACUGUUAAUAAAAUUCAAAUGAAGGUUUUUGACUUGGA